GAUUGUGAAUUGGUGUGGCAUGUUUGUUGCGGUCUUCAUAUUAUAUUUACAGGGGAAACCCAGACAUUUGUAGGUUGAGGAAUAACACAGAUCACGAAACAGAGAAAGAUGAUAAGGUUAGUGUCGAGUGUGGUUGUGACGGUUACGUUGGUUGUUUUGCUGAUUUUGGUUGGGAAUUCGAAGGAACUGGUUCAAGUCGAAGCCUCUAAUUCAGUUUCUGCCUUCGUUCAAAAUGUCAUCUACUCCAACAGAAUCGCCAUGUUCUCCAAAUCCUAUUGCCCGUAUUGUUUGCGCGCUAAACGCAUGUUUGGGGAACUAAAUGAGCAACCUUUUGUGGUGGAGUUGGAUCUGCGAGAUGAUGGGUAUGAAAUUCGUAGUGUUCUUCUGGAUUUGACUGGUAGAAGCACAGUCCCACAAGUAUAUGUGAAUGGCAAGCAUAUUGGUGGAUCAGAUGAUCUCAGAGCUGCAAUCCAGAGUGGUGAAUUGCAGAAACUUCUCAGUGCAAGUUGAUGGUAUUCUAGAGACUGAGGUCCAAUGGCAUCAGCCAUACGUCAGUAUGUGGAGGAACUGACAUUUUUUAAUGGAAUAAUGAAGCUUCUAGCAGGGAAAAGUGUUUUGAUGCAUUUUAAGUUUUCUGGGUAUUUAUUAGGCGACAACAUGUAUUCACUGGAGGAAUUGCAUAAUGUCAUUCUGCUUAGAAUCCGCUGGAGUUCUUCAUAUUUCCAUUUAAGGCUUUAUGGAAAAGUAGAAUUCUUUGAGAGGUUGAACUCCAAUUGGUCAAAUUGAUUUAGUUGGUUUAAUUGUUAAUUAAAAAAUCAAGUGUGAAUUUCAAUAUGCUUGCUGGUUGUCUUGUAAUUUUUAUAAACAAAAAUAUAAAGAAUGCCAAUUUCUAAUAUGAAGACCUG